AUGCUAUCUCAUGCCGACCUCCUGGAUGCUCGCCUCGGGAUGAAGGAUGCCGCGGCGGAGCUUCUGGGCCACAGGGAGGCUUUGAAGUGCAGGCUCGGCGGAGGGGGACCUGACCCGGGACACUCCGGGGAGCUCGGCCCGGGCCCGGACGGCGUGGAAGGGGCCACGAUGCUCCCGGGCGAUGAUAUCAGCAGCGGCGGAGGAUCCAACGCGGUGCAGGUCAACAGCAAAGAGCAAGAAAAGCAGCAGCAGCAACAACAGAACAGCAGCAGCAACAACAACAACAACUCCAGCCAGUCUGGAGGGGGGCAGCAGAGCCAGAGCCAGAGCCAGAAACAGAAGCGGCACCGGACCCGCUUCACCCCGGCGCAGCUCAACGAGCUGGAGAGGAGCUUCGCCAAAACGCACUACCCAGACAUCUUCAUGCGGGAGGAGCUGGCUCUGAGGAUCGGCCUGACGGAGUCCAGAGUGCAGGUCUGGUUUCAGAACCGACGCGCCAAGUGGAAGAAGCGCAAGAAGACCACCAAUGUCUUCCGGGCUCCGGGGACUCUGCUGCCGACGCACCACGGCCUGUCUCAGUUCCCGUCCGCCGCGGCAGCAGCAGCGGCCAUGGGGGACAGCCUGUGCUCCUUCCACGCCAACGACACCCGCUGGGCCACGGCAGGGAUGCCCGGCGUGUCUCAACUGCAGCUACCGCCUUCUCUGGGCCGCCAGCAGGCCAUGGCGCAGUCCCUGUCUCAGUGUAGCCUCGGCGCCGGGCCGCCGCCCAACUCCAUGGGUCUAUCCAACAUGUCGAAUGGCUCCGGGCUUCAGUCCCACCUCUACCAGCCCACUUUCCCCGGCAUGGUACCCGCGUCCCUGUCGGGCCCGACCAACGUGACCCACUCGCCUCAGCUGUGUAGUUCCCCGGACAGUGAAGUCUGGAGAGGGACAAGCAUCGCCUCGCUGCGCCGCAAAGCGCUGGAGCACACAGUAUCCAUGAGUUUUACCUAG